CUAGUUUCUAUGGAGAGGUAUGUAAUAAACCAUUCGAUGACGUUUUUUAAUUAUGGUUUGUAUAGUGACGCUAGCUGGGACGUGAGUGUGGAUUAGCAAAAAAAAGCAUCGUUACAUCCAAUACGCUAGAUGGCGUUGUAAAAAGAGUACUCGUUUGGCCUCUAUGGUCAUCCGACAGGAUAGGUGGCGCUGUGGGGAUUGCUGGCUGUUAGCCCACCAACAUUUGGUACUCGUUUACCGUUUUUUAAAGUCAAUUGUUUCCUUAUAAAACUAAUAAAGUUCGUUAAUUAAAUAAUAUAUGUAUUUGUUUGUACCAGUGCUUCCUGUUUUACGCGUUGCUAACGCCACUCGUGCAUGUUUAUGCUAGCUACUCGUUCCCUGCCCUCUUGACUUCGCAUCCGUUUACCAGCAUGGCAAUCAAAAUGGAGACCAUCGCUGUUUUUGAACAGUUUGACGUCAGAAAAGUGAAAUUAAUGACGCUACCUGCGCUGAAUAAAGCCUCAGUGUUGGUCCCUCUGUUUGUGAGAAGUGGGAAGCUGUAUACACUGAUGACCCAACGUUCCAAGCAGCUAAGGACCAGUGGAGGCGAGGUGUGUUUUCCUGGUGGUAAAAAAGACCCCUGUGACAAAGAUGAAGUGGACACAGCGCUGAGAGAAGCUCAAGAGGAGAUUGGUGUACAUCCUGGUGAUGUCCACGUUAUCUGCACAUUGCACCCCAUCAUCAGUAAGAACAACCUGUUGGUGACCCCCGUGGUUGGCUUCAUCGAGGAGUCCUUCAGGCCCAGUCCAAACCCUGCAGAGGUCAGCGCUGCGUUCACUGUCCCCUUGGACGUCUUCGCUUUUAACAAAGACCACUUUGAUGGCCUUGCUGCUGCACAAGCCGCAGUGCCUUCACUCUCCUUUGACUAUGUGGACCCUGACACGGGAGCCAAGUAUCACAUUUGGGGUCUGACCGCCAUGAUCGCCUUUAUUGUCGCCACCAUUGCUCACAAGACCAAACCUGAGUUUGAUAUGGGCUUUAAUGCAGAAGAACUACAAGGCAUGCUCAGACGACACCUUCACAAAAGACUGAGUAAACUGUGACUUGGCCUUUUAUUUUCUGACAUCUUAAUGACUUUUUAAUAAAGAAUGUAUAAGAUGGGGAGGUAGGCAAUAAACAGCAAUAGUAAACUGAAAAAUAAUGUACACAGUAAUAUGGUAAAAAAAUGUAAAUUGUUAUGGGAAAGAAGUUAUAUUACAACAAAACCUAUUUGAGGAAUAAAAUAUUUUGUAGUAAUAUAUGCAAAUGUUUAUUGUAAAGACAAUUACGAUAAAAAGUUAAUUUUAGGACAUGAUUUUUUUUCAAGAGGUUCUAGUGAAGGUGUUAAAAAAUGUAAUGUUAGGAGGAAUAAAAACUAGAGGAAAUAUUACAAAAUAGAAAGUUUCCAGAAAAAUACAUCAGCUUUAUGAGAAUAAAAUAAUGCGACAAGUAAAAUAUUUAGAAGUAAAAAUAUGAGGCUAGAGGUUGUGUUUUUUUAAAACUAAUAUGAAUUUCUAUAAAACUUAAUGCUGCUUUUAUUUUUUUUGUCCCUUGACCCUAAUACACCUAUGUAGAAGUGCAAUAACACUUAAAAAAAUAAAAAAAUACAACUCAAUGUGAGAUGAAGGACGCGAAGAACUGGAGACUUUUCAUUUUUAGUUUUUAUUAAUUUAAUGUAGCAGCAGGAUUACAGAUAUAAACUGAAGAGUAUACAAAUGUCCAGACCAAGGCAAAGUACAUGUUAAUAUAAUAAUUCAGAUGAAUGAUAACACACUGGGGGGUUGACCAUUGUCCCUAUGGUGGGGUUAUAAGGCUAAAUAUAUACUAAAGCUCACGCUACACACACACACACACACACACACACACACACACACUGUUGGAGAGUGUGGGACAGAAAGCAACGUGGAUGAGCAAACAAUUCUCAGUACAUGACGACAUACAGCUUGCGCUACUGGCGAUUAACAGUAACUUCAUGGCUGCUCCUUGUUUUUUUUAAAUAAAAAAACAAAAAAAACAAAGCAUUUCGAUCAAUAGUAAUCAAUGUGGAGACCCAAAAACACUGACGGAAACAAUCUCCAUUAUUUCGUCCCUUUCACCUCACUUGUACAAAUCUCAUGAGGCAUCCAAAAGAAAGACUGGUGGCAAGCACGUUAACUGAUAUGAUUGUUAAAAAGAAAAAUAUAUGAGCAGUAAAACAAACCAGUGUGGGCUGCAGUUGAACCAAACGUAGGAGGAUCUAAAGUAGCAAGGACACAGAGGGAACACACCAGUAAACACAGCAGAGAAAACAUGUUUUUUUUUCUUUUUUGUUAUCAAGGCACACAAAGUUCUUUAGAAAGCAUCACAAUUGAAAUGACCCCUGCAGUAUAUUUUCACAUUUAAAUAUACACGGAUAUUCAUUUACACCCAUGACGGACAAAACCCAUUUUUUUUUUCCUUUUGUGUGUGUGUUUGUGUGAAAAGGUUUUGUGUGCUUUUUGUCGAACACCGCCAUCCUGUGGUUCUCUCUUCUGGCGGAAAAGGCUUAUGGAAAGUCAUACUAACGAAAAACAACAAAUCGGACAAAUGUACACCAACACACACGACUGUUGGUGGCACUUCUUAGUUAGGGCGCACUCACACUUGACUCACGCACGAGCACGUGCACAACGUAGACGCGUCAUUUCAUUAUUGUGAUCCACCAUUGCUCCUCCUGCUGGUUAUGAAUAACCGCUACCUUGUUUAACAGAAAUAGAGUAGAAAUUCCGCCAGUUAUUAAUGAUAAACGUCACAUUGUAUAAUACAGUAGAAAUGCAAACGAAGACUCGACAUAAUCCACAAAAUCAAAACCCACGGUACGCGUGUGUCCGCACAACACAACAUGCCAUAUCUCCCACCAGUUAUUAACUGCCACCGUGCACCACAGAAAGACGAAAUGAUCCACACAAUCAAAGCACACGGUACGCUUGCUCAUGCGUAGUAAUACAACCCGAGUGGCCGCUCCUCCUGCCGGUUAUUAGUGAUCAGGGGCGGUAACUGGUCAUAACUGCCACCUGUCACAUUGAGAAAUAAACAGAUGGACUCAAAAUUAACCCACAAGGACAAAGGCCACUGUCUGCGUGCUCACUCGCUCCUCCCGCCAGUUGAUAACUGCCACCUCGCAGGCCUCAAAAGGAGUCCAAAUGGAAGUGUCAGCCUGCAGAGCAGUGUGAGUGCACCCUUCAACAUCUAAUUGGUCUGAUGUCCACAUACAAUGAGGUAAAAAUUACAUUCGUGAAACUGAAGCCGUUUCUUCUUCUUUGUGUUAGUAUGGCUUUAAGAGGGCAUACUCCGUGUCACCUAUCACCAUCAUGUGCUCUUUAGCUCCCCCUAGCCAAUAGGAAUGGAAUGCUUGGAAACUAGUGCCCUAGAAUCUGACCUACAGUUACUGUGUGAGUCAAAAGUGCCAUUUGAGAUGCAUGACCAAGGAAGGGGGGUGGGGGGUAAAAAAGAAAAAGAAAAAGGGACCACCAGUGACCUAAACCCACACAUCAGGACUUCCAUUGUAGGAACUUCAAAAAAAAAAUUCAGUUUGCCUUCUUUUCACCACAACACCUACGCUUGCUUUCAGGCAACAUACCAGCUCUGAUAUUCUGCACUUGUUUAUUUUUUUAAUUACAAAAAUAGUCUACAUUUUGAUACAUAGAUACAAAAUUCUAAAAAAGAUAAUUUACUUUUAAAAUGGAUCACUAAAAGCGGCGGGACGCGAGUAGAUGUAAACAAAUGCUUUUUUUUUAAUGAGCGAUGUCAGUCAAAACUUUUUUUUUUUUUUGCUUGACGCCAAGUUGGUGUAGAUAUGCUUAGUUAUAAAAUUGGUGGAAACGUAACUAAAAGUACCUUUACAAUAUGUUCCUCUCCACUGUACAUAUAAGAGCUGCAAUAGAAAUGAGUAAACACGAUCUCCGAAGGACCAACACGAGACCAUUUGAUGACGGGAGCUUUGGUUUACGGUCCAGUCUGAACCCCUCCCACUCAACUUGCAUGUAGCUAACAAUGCCUGCGUGGCUGAUAGUUCCAAAAAAAAAAUCUCUUCACAAGGUUCCGUCACCGCUGCAACAUAGCACCAUAGAAUCAAAAUGGCAGCCUCCAUUGUCACAGUCAGGAAGGUGCCAACUUCACACGGUGCCCGCCAACUUUUUCCAAACCCAACAAGUAAAAGGUAACAAAAAACGGAGAAGAGUUGGCAAAAAGAGCAAAAGAUGACAAAAUAUUCUUCAUUUGAAUAAAGCCUUAUGUAAAAAGCCACAAGCCAAAAGCCGAUGGAGGAUUCUAACACUGACUAAAAAGGGAAUGGACUAUUAUUAGAUCUAUUCUACCGAGGAGCAUUAGGGUCACACUGAAAGGAAUUCUAAAAUUACAAAAAAAAGAUACAAAACUGUAUGUGAAUACAGUCAUAUUACAAGAAAAAGUUGUCAUUUUACAGAAAUGAGGCUUUUAUGAGAAAAGUACAUUAACUUGUUCAUAUGGAUGAUGGUGCUGAUGUGACAUACGACUGUUUCAUUUGUAUUUUUUACAACUUUAUUCUAAUAUUAUCCUCUUUUCACAAGAUUACAUAUUUAUUCUGUCAUUAUGAAUUUGUUACAGUAAAAAUGCAACUUUUCCCCCUAGUACAUUUUUAUAGAUUUUGUUCUUGUUAUAAUUGCAACUUCAACGCAAAAUUUCACAUUACAAUUACAUUUUUCUUCAAAUUACGAUUUCUUAUAAUAUGAUAACCAUACUCCCAUAUUACAACUUUUUGUCUUGUAAAAGGAUGACUUGAUUCUGCUAAUAUUACAAAUUGAUUCCAGUGAAACUGCAGUUUUUUUCCUCCUAAUGUUCUUUUUAAUCAUACUCAAGAUUUUAUUCUAACAUUUUCAUUAAGAUUGUAAUGUUAGGACAAAAAAAAUAUCACAGUGUUAUCCACAGAAAAUGUACAGCUUUUUUCUCAAAAUAAUUCUAAUAUUACAACUUUUUUCUCGUAAAAUUACGACUAAGUUGUGAUUGUAGUUCUGUAAAAAUGUAGACAUUGAUUCCAUUUAAAUGAUUGUUUACCCCUAAGCUUUAAGUAGAUUUUGUCCCACAUAAACAUUAUGAUUUGAUUCUCGGGACAACUUCCUUCUCGUAACAUUUGUAUUCUUUCCAGUGUGGCCCUAAUAGUCUUUGGUACAAUAAAACUUGUGAUUCAGCUGUGAGCAUAAUUUCAUUACAGAGUUGCCUUGGACAUCAAAACUACGCAGACAUACGAUGAAAAAUUGUUUGUUGUGAUGUUUUUAUCCUGUACAAAGACACUUUGUUUUUUUGUGUUUCUUUUUCUGCUUUUUAUGUCUUAAUGGAUGUUUCUGUGUACAGAUGCAUGCGUGGAUGGAUGGAUGGAUGGAUGGAUGGAUGAAAGGAUUAGCUGGUUAUACAGAAGAGGUUAUAAAGUGCUUGAGAUAAAAUGUCUAUAAAACCACACGACACUCACGAGUGUAAAGUUUCUAUCCACAUUGACUCGGUAAAGGUUUACCUUCAAAAGACAAAACGAUACAACAAACUUCAUAGUUAUUUCGAGGCCUGCAAGCAUGGAAACACACAGAGAAGUCACAGUAUUUAACCAGGUUAAAUCUCAUUCAGGAGUGUUAAACUUGAAAGUACACCAACAAUAAAUAUAUUUAAACCACUUUCGACAAAUGUGUAUUUAUAGUUUUGAAUUAUCUUGAAAGUGCCCUCCUGUCAAAUGUGCAUAACAUAAGAGCCUUUAUUGUUAUCAGAUUUCAGUAAUUCAAAAAACAUAUUAGCUGAUCCACAAAGCCUGCCUACAGUCGUCACCACUCGGUGCAAAUAAAGAGUUUCCACACUCCAAAAAUGAGAUUCAGCCCGACGUUUUUCUGCAAUUGGACGUUGAAUCCAUGGCUAACUGUUUUACUGCCUGCUCAUCACACUUUGUCAAGUUUGCUUCAGUCAGUGACAUUCCUUUUCUUUCCUUCCAGUUUUUCCAUGAAAAACAACCUGGUUGGUUGGACCCGCUCGUAGGCCCAACAUUAUUAAAACACUCUCGAGAACAAAACACUGCAUCUUUUCCCCCCAGACUUACAGAUAAAGCAGUUAUUACAGGCCUCUCUGAUCCUGCAAGAGGGGUAAUAACAAAAGGCAGAUCAUCAAUUCAAGGACAAUGGAUAUACAAAGGCUAUAAUUUAUGAUAAAUAGUUAAUAAAAAUGAGUUACAUAAGCUCAUCAUUUUGGGAGUUUUAGGUAAAAUGGGGCAUUUAAUUCUUAAAUAUACUUUUUUCUUUUUAAAGUUUUGUGGCAUUGGCACAAAACACCAUGCGCCGCUAGUCUUGUUGAUAUUAGGAGUACAUGGCUACAUGUCACCUUCUCUCCACGUGGUCCGCGCACAUCCUCACUGCUUCUG